AUAUCACUACAAAUACAAAGUUCCUUCUUCUCUCUCUCUCUCCCAAUAUCUCCCCAUUAAUUCUCAUCCGAAACCCUGAAAAUCCUCAUUUCUCAAGAAACUGUUGAAGAAAAAUUAAGCACAAAUCAGAAGAAUUUGAAAAGAAAAGAAAAUGAUGGUUGAGAAAGAAGAUUUGGGGCUGAGUCUUAGCCUCAGUUUUCCAGAUAAUAAUAACAAGAAUAGUACAACCAAUAAUCCUUUUCAUCAUCAGCUCAAUCUCAUCCCUUCAUCUUCACCUUUUAAUCUCUUUCACAAAACUUCUUGGACUGAUUCUUUCCCUUCUUCAGAUCGGAGCUCGGAGAUAUGCAGAGUGAAGACAAGGACAUUUCUGAAGGGAAUAGACGUGAACCGGCUGCCGGCGACGGCGGACGCCGAUGAAGAAGCCGGCGUAUCAUCACCUAACAGCACCAUUUCGAGUGUGAGUGGAAAUAAGAGAAGCGAAAGAGAGACAAAUAACUGUGAGGAACAUGAAAUGGAAAGAGUUUCUGAUGAAGACGACGGAGAAACUUCUAGAAAGAAACUUCGGCUUUCAAAAGACCAAUCUGCCAUUCUUGAAGAAACAUUCAAAGAACACAACACUCUCAAUCCUAAACAAAAGCUGGCGUUGGCUAAAAGACUGGGAUUAAGACCUAGGCAAGUUGAGGUCUGGUUUCAGAACAGGAGGGCAAGGACAAAGUUGAAGCAAACAGAAGUUGACUGUGAAUUCCUGAAGAGAUGUUGUGAGAAUUUGACAGAGGAAAACAGGAGAUUGCACAAGGAAGUUCAAGAGUUGAGGGCACUUAAGCUUUCACCUCAAUUCUACAUGCAAAUGACUCCUCCUACCACCCUCACCAUGUGCCCUUCAUGUGAGCGUGUCGCGGGACCACCAACCGUAUCCGGACCCACAUCUACACAUGUGGGCCCGCCCCAACAUCGGCCCAUGCCAUUUAACCUUUGGGCCAACACUCCAAAAUCCCUUCACCCAAGAUCUUGAGUUUAAUAUAAUGCAAGGGCAAUUUGGUCAAUUGGACACUCAUCAAAACCCCUCUUGUGGAAAAAUAUGAGAUGGCAAACUGUAAUAGAGUACUAGUAUAAUGUUUGUAUGUGAAAAUAUGAAUAUAGGUCUAUGAUAUGGUUGUUGGAAAUGAGGGAUUUUAUUUGUGGGUCAAAAGAAUCUGGUUUCUAUUAUUGACCCUAUCCUUUUUCUUGUAUCGACAAAUUAGGGUUAGUCUUUUUUACUCUCUUUAGUACUAAUGGUUUCCUUCCCCACAACUUUUAGAUAUAAAGAAAUGAAUAGAAUUUUGUUUACUAUAA